AUGGACGAUUUAGAGACUGCCUCAUUAAAAGCUACCUUGCUGGAAUACACAUUGGCACAGGACACUCCCCUUUCAAACAUGCAUGCUCCUGUACAUCUAAGGACUACGUUAUCCAUAAGACUGCCGUCGGAGCUGAAACACCGCCUACACACAAGACGGACAGCAGUUAUCUCCAAUCAAAACUUGCCUUGUCAUGUGACACGGUGCACGAACAUCUCGGUUGUGGAACACUCUUCCGAGUAUGGCCGAAACCAGAUGUGCAGCCAUAUUGGGGGUGGCGAGCUAUGUCCGGACUAUAUAUGGAAGUUUCUGCACAUAUGUUUUAAUUUAUGCACCUGUUUUUCAUUAUGUGUGUUUGGUUUUAGGGUAUAUAAGCCUGCUAUGUUAGUUGUCAGGUAGAUUGCACCUGAGGAAGACCUCUCUUAAGGUCGAAAUGCUGUUUUUUAAAAUCACUAUUGUAGAAUAAAUAUUGUUAUACUUUUACCUGGUUCCUGCUUUUCAUCUGGAGACCUCAAGGUUCCAAAGAUACAUCUCUACAACUACUCCUUUUGUGGAUGACAUGCCCUUACAGUUCAGAGCCACUCUCUAAGGGCUCUGGAAAGUGUGAGUGUUCCAUUUUUAUUGUAUCACUGUUAUAUUUAUGUAUACAGGUUACACUAUGGUUCCUCUGUUUUGUAUUUACACUAUUUAGGGUUCUUAUCAACGAAACAUUGAUUUAAAGGUAAAGAAUAAGCACCACAGUGUGUGCUUUGACACUUUUUUUUUCUGUGUGGUAUGGUUGUGUAUGAUACCUAUGAAUGUGGGCUGUGUAUGAGGGCUGCUUGUGGAAUUGUGAGUGGAUGAUAUGUCACAUUGUGUGUUUGUGUGUAUAUGUGUGUUUGUGCGUGCAUGUUGAUAGUCCAUAGUGAAGUGUUUGUAGGGACUGUGUGUUUGUGUGUGGACUGUUUCUAUUAUUUGUAUAAGUGAGAAGCUUAUUCAGCAGCUCUGUGUAUAUCUAGCUUUGUGGGUGGCUUCCCUGGGGCCCAGAUACAGGCCAAUAGCAGGAGCUGCAAUAGCUGCUCUACUCUGGUGUGGUUUGGGGGCGGGGGUAACCUUGAGUGCUGUACAAAGGCAACCUGAGUACCAUGCAUGGCACACGUGCCUUAGGCUGCUGAUCCCUGUACUAAAGUAAUACUGUAUUUUGAAAUUUAAACAAUCUAUUCUUUUAUGAAAACAUCUGAUAAAGUACCUCCAAUAGCAACUUUAGGUGUACACACUAAAACUACAUUAUAUAAUCACAGGGCCGCCUGAGGGGCCGUGGUAUAGCGCUGUGGCCGUGGUAUAGCGUGACCGGGCCCCUUUAAAAAAAAAAAAAGCAGCCGCAAGUGCUGCUGGGAGGAAGUGAAGAGGGAGAGCCAGGCAGUGAAGAGGGAGCCCUGCCGACUCCCAUCAUCCCCAGCCACCCUCCUGCAAAGAAAAGGUAAGAGACAGGAGGGUGGCUGGAAAAUGAGCUGUGUGUCUGUCUGUCUGUAUGUCUGUGUAUGUAUGUCGGUGUAUGUGUAUGUAUGUCUGUGUAUGUAUGUGUAUGUAUGUCUGUCUGUAUGUAUGUCUGUAUGUCUAUGUCUGUCUGUAUGUCUGUCUGUAUGUCUAUGUCUGUCUGUGCAUGUCUGUGUAUGUAUGUCUGUAUGUCUGUCUGUCUAUGUAUGUCUGUGUAUGUAUGUCUGUAUGUCUGUCUAUAUGUCUGUCUGUAUGCAUGUAUGUCUGUCUGUAUGCAUGUCUGUCUGUAUGUCUAUGUAUGUAUGUCUGUCUGUAUGUAUGCCUGUCUGCAUGCGUGUAUGUCUAUGUAUUUAUGUCUGUAUAUGUUUGUAUGUAUGUAUGUAUGUAUGUAUAUAUGUCUGUGUAUGUAUGUCUGUCUGUAUGUCUAUGUCUGUCUGUAUGUCUGUUUGUAUGUAUGUCUGUAUGUAUGUCUGUAUGUAUGUCUGUAUGUAUGUCUGUCUGCCUGAAUGCAUGUAUGUCUGUAUGCAUGUAUGUCUGUCUGUCUGUAUGCAUGUCUGUCUAUGUCUGUCUGUCUGUAUGCAUGUCUGUCUAUGUAUGUCUCUCUGUAUGUGUAUGUAUGCAUGCAUGCAUGUCUGUAUGUAUAUCUGUAUGUCUAUGUCUGUCUGUAUGUCUGUCUGUAUGGACGUGUAUGUCUGUAUGUAUGUAUGUCUGUAUGUAUGCAUGCAUGUCUGUCUGUAUGUCUGUCUGUAUGUAUGUAUAUAUGUGUAUGUAUGUAUGUAUGUAUGUCUGUAUGCAUGCAUGUAUGUCUGUAUGUCUGUCUGUAUGUAUGUCUGUGUAUGUAUGUAUGUAUGUCUGUAUGUAUGUCUGUAUGCAUGUAUGUCUGUCUGCAUGUAUGUAUGUCUAUGUAUGUAUGUAUGUCUGUCUGUGUAUGUAUAUCUGUAUGUUUGUAUGUAUGUGUAUGUAUGCAUGUCUGUAUGUAUGUAUGUAUGUAUGUCUAUGUAUGUCUGUCUGUAUGCAUGCAUGUCUGUGUGUAUGUCUGUAUGUAUGUCUGUAUGUAUGUAUGUAUGUCUGUGUGUAUGCAUGCAUGUAUGUCUAUGUAUGUAUGUCUGUCUGUAUGUAUGUCUGUGUAUGUAUGUAUGUAUAUGUCUGUAUGUAUGUAUGCAUGCAUGUAUGUCUAUGUAUGUAUGUCUGUAUGUAUGUCAUUAUAUAUGUAUAUAUGUAUGUCUGUAUUUCAGUAUGAAUGUAUGUCUGCAUAUCAUUAUGAACAUAUGUCUGUGUGUAUGUGUGUAUGGAUGUCUGUAUGCAUGUAUGUCUGUCAGUAUGUCUGUAUAUAUGCAUGUAUGUCAGUCUGAAUGUAUGUAUGUAUGUAUGUAUGUAUGCCAUUAUGAAUGUAUGUCUGUGUAUGUCUGUAUGCCAUUAUGAAUGUAUGUGUGUAUGGAUGUCAGUGUCUGUAUGUCUGUCAGUAUGUCUGUAUAUAUGAAUGUAUGUGUGUAGGUAUGUGUGUGUGUGUGUGUAUGUAUGUCGGUGUCUGUAUGUAUAUAUGUGUCUUUAUGUCCUCAUGCAUGUGUGUCUGUAUGUAUGUGUCUGUCUGUCACUAUGUAUGCCUGUGUGUAUGUCUCAGUAUGUGUGUGUCAGUAUGUAUGCCUGUAUGCGUGUAUGUCUGUUUCAGUAUGUAUCUGUGUCCUUUUGUAUCAGUGUGUGUGUUUGUGUCUGUGUGUGUAUUCCUGUGGGCGGUAUUUGGAGGCGGGCCCCAGGGGGCCCAGACCCUGAGCUGAAUUAGGGGCCCCAAAAUUUCUGGUGGCGGCCCUGUAUAAGCAUACUAGAAAAAUUAUUAUGAUAGAUAAAUCACAUACUCUCAGAUAGUCCUAUGUUGGGUUUGGUGUGGUAAGAGUUUACUGUUGAGUCUGGGCUAGUGCUAAAUAUCUAACAAACUAACAUGGGUUCAGAGUUAGACUCGACUUGUUUUCCCAAAUAUCAAAUACAUUUAAAGAAAAUGCUCUAUUGAGGACAAAAAGUGUCUGGUACUCUUUUAUUCUAAAUAGUUUUAGUCUUCGCUUAUUUAUUAUAAUUUAACGUUGUAACACAAUUAACCAAAAUUGCAUUCUUCUUGAUAUUCAUGUCAUUUUCUCCUCUGUAGUGCAGCUUCCAUGCUUUAAAGGGACAUUAUAGGUACCCAGAUCACUUCAGCUCAAUGAAGUGGUCUGUGUGCUGUGUCCCAGUCCCACUUUGUUCUGCAAUAUAAAAAUUGCAGUUUUAGAGAAACUUUAAUUCUUAUAUUGCAGCACUAAGCCUCUACGAAGAAUGCAAUCUUACCGGACUUUAGGUCACCUAACUGAUGCCGGACAUCCUCAUGCUUUGUAUGAGGACAUCCAGCAUCCGUAAUAUCCCCAUAGGAAAGCAUUGUGUCAAUGGUGUCCCAUGGGGAGGACCUAAUGCACUCACCGCACAUGUGCAUUAGCUCCUCGUCGGAUGACCCAGUCCCGAAUCUGGCUAGAAUCUGGUAAGUGUUAGGAUUUUUAAACCCUUGCUGCGGGGGGCCAGAUGGAAAUCUAGUGUUAGGAAUACAGAUUUGUAAUCCUGGCACUAUAGUUCUUUAAUUUAAUUUAAUUUAAUUUAAUUUAUCUGUGAAAUUCUUGAGUUUAUAUGACAUUCAUAGAGGAAACCUAAGGGACCCUAUAGACAGCAAAACAGAUAAAACUUAAAGGGACACUAAAGCUUAUUGUAGUUGUUUCAGAGUAAAGUCAAUGUUUAUACUACUGCCUAGGAACACCUCUAGUGACAGUCACUCAGACGGCCACUAGAAAUGAUUCCCAGUCCCUACGUUCAACGUUUCCACGCUUUGCAUGGAGGCACUGAUUGUUCCUCAUAGAGAUGCAUUGAUUUAAAAGUUAAUUUAUAUGUUUGUCACUUUAUCUUUCCUCUUACCUAAUGGAUCUGUAAUAAAUAAAAAUUGAUUAUAGAAAACAAAACUGUUUUUACUUCUAUUUCUCCAAAACAACCAUGACACUGGGGUGCAAUGUGUUUGCUCGAUUAGUGGACAAAUCACAAGUUUUAAUUACUUUGUGCAAACUCAUUUCAGGGGAGAAGGUUUUAAGAACAGGAACAUUUUAACAUAAUAGCUGCAGUUAUGACUAAAACAGACAGGAUUAUAUUUUGAGUUUCCUCUUACUGAUGUUAACAUGACACUGAAUGCGCUAAGAGAGACACAAUUCUGUUGAAUUUUAGAUGCUUGGCUUGAUUAAAUGGAUAGAAAAGUAAUUAUGUGGAGUGGUACUCUGCAGCUUGCAGACGGGUAGUUGAUCCCUGGCUUACCUGACAAAUCCUUUGUCAUUGAUGCAAUUGGUAUAAAAAAGGGAUGUGAAAGGCAGUAACAGGGAGAUCAGCAAAGCAUCAAGUGGUCAUUCAUCUCGUUACACUCUACAAACUGCCAAUCCCGUUCUUUGGUCUUCUACAAAAGCAAGGUAAAACAUGUCUAACUUUUAUUCCUACUGCGGACCACUUUUAACUUUUUAUUUUGUAAUAUGUCACAUUUAUGUAACUACUGCUAUGUACACAGUAUUACUCCUGCAGGAUUUCAGUUACAGGGCUACUUGAGUAGGUCUUUCAAAUAAAAAACACCUUUGAUUGGUGCAUAAUUUAGGUUGCCAUUAAUGUAAAAUUUUGUCUAUUGCAUUCUUAAUCAGAUCUUUCCAAAAGCUAUUUGAAUAGCCUGCUCCUUCCUCUUUUGGAUUUAUUAUUCCUUCUUUUGGUCAGUUCCCCUUUUGUAGGGAGCUCUGUUUGUUUCAGAGACGGAUUUAUUUACCUUUAUCUAUGUUUGAGUUACUGCUCUGUGUGUGCAAUGUCCUUCCUUGUUGUUUGUAGUCAUUGGGCUCUGUUUCAUGCCUAGAAAUAAAUUCAUCUCUGGUUGUAGAAAUGCAGUAUUCAUGUGAAGUGUAUGGGAGCUUAUAUUGAUCUUUGGUCUUAGAAUUAAGCCAUUGGAGAGUAUACAAUUUAGGACUACAUUUUAUUAUAGGUCAUAAUCCAUUAUCUGGUAAUUAAAUAGCAAUGUUUCCAUAAAUGUUUGUGGGGUAAGUAUUCAGUUAAGCUGUGUUAAGCUAACCCCGCAACGUAGUACAUCAAAAACAAACUCUGAUUUAUCUUUACUAAAUAGCUGUGCUGACACCAUCCAAAUUGCUUAUUAUUUACUAAUGCGAUUCUAGUGAAAGAACAUUCUAUUUUUCAAAAAUCCACAAUUACUCUUUGAUUAAAAGGCCCUUGGAAGAAACACAACUGCUGUCUAAAGCCAUUAUCUCAGGGAACUGCUUGUUUACAUAGUUACAUAAUUACAUAGCUGAAAAGAGACUUGCGUCCAUCAAGUUCAGCCUUCUUCACAAAUGUUUUAAAUGGUUUUAAAAUAAGCAGGAUUGUAACAUUAGGUAAAAACAUUAAAGUUGGUAAUUAGUGUAGGUUGUUGAAUGCUGAAUAUUAGCUACAUUAAAGGAUUACUCCAAGCAUCUUAUCCUCUGCAUCAGUUAUAAUAGUAGUGGUUAUAAUGGUAUAAGUACCCUGGCGCCAUUCCUUGGUAAAGUUGAAAACUGUUUUGCAAUAGUUUGGCAUGUUACCUAGGUUUCCGAUGGCUGCCUAAUCUCCUCUGAUGCUGGGGGAACGACACCCGGCUUCUGCAGCAUGCAGAAGCUAGGUGCUGAUUCUGCCGCCCAUUCAUUGACUGAUUGCAUCAGCUAAUCACCCAAAACCAAAUAAUGAUAUUCUUUUCAUAGGAAUAUGCACAGAAUUUACCUUAGCGAACAUAGAACUCUUGUUCCAUUCUGGCUAAUAACGGAGGUGGAGUUAUGCCACCGGCAGCAAAAGUAUUAAACCCUGUAUGUGCAGCAUUUCGUAUUGAAACGCUGCACAUACAGACUUCAGGCACCAUGACCACAUCAAAUCACAGAAGUGGUCAAUGGUGCUUGGGGUAAAUAGCCAGGAGUGACUGAUUGUUACAAGAAGAAUUUUCUCUGUAUUCGGGUGCCUUGGCAAACCCAGCACACCCCUUGUACUUAAUUAUGGUUUGUAUAUUGGGAAAUGUAGUCCUCAAACAUCUGUAAUGCCAGACUUUGACAGUCCCUAUUUUCAUUCACUGACUGGGUGCUUAGUGUAACUUGUUAGUAAUCAUUUUAUUACACUGUCAGACACAUUAAUUUGGAAAGAAAUCUUAUUAACACAGUGUGAUUCCUAAUGUCACAUAGUACAAAACAAACAUAUUUGAAAAGCAAUCUGCCUAAUUCGGUAACGAAUAGUCUGUCAAUUUAUAGCAUAUUAUAAAUAUGUAUAAAUAUAUAUAAAUUUUGUAACACCAUCAUUACUAUAAAAACUGUAUUGGGCAAGCAAGCAGACAGUAUCGCAUCUUUCUCUCCUGUCUUGCCUGCCCACCUUAGUCCCGGGAGGUAUGCAGGGAAGAUUGGAAGGUAUGUAACAGGCAUGGGCACACUGACUUAUGCUCUUUUCAACUUUUCAAAGAUCAUAAAAUCAUAUGUGUGUCUCUCUCUCUGUAUAUAUAUAUAUAUAUAUAUAUAUAUAUAUAUAUAUAUAUAUAUAUAUAUAUAUAUAUAUAUAUAUAUUGCUAACUGAAAUCCUAGAAAAUGUAUAGAUUUUAUUUUUUUAAUUAAUUUUUUAAACUGUGUCUAUCUCCCUGCCAACCAAUUGUUGCCAUAGACAUGUCAAAGCAAGUAAAGUAACUCACAAGCAACGUUUGAACCUACGGUAACCGUAUAAAAGAGGGAUAACAGCGUAUUAACUUAAUUAGGAUGGCCUGGCUUACCACAGUACCUAUAGCAGGUGAAAAUAGCAAAUCUAAUAUCAGAGUUUGUAGCGAUACACAUGAAUGUAAUGCCAUGCAAUGUCAAGGAGUACAUAGAUCAAGAUUGUCAAAGAUGCCAAGUCAGUAUACCAGAGUGAUACAAUGAACAGGGAAUGCUGUAUUGGGAAUCAGAGAGAAAGCCCAGCAGGGCAAAGAUGUUGAGCAGAAUGCAGCCUUAUAUAGGUCUGUCACCUAUAGACAGGCUCACAUACUUUCUUUGUGCCCAAAACCUGUCUGUAUUAGUGCCAAAAUUACAUACAGCUAGUCGGUUCUAAAGAUUGAUACUGAGAUGCAACAAAAGGACAUAUGCGAGCAGCAGUCGGGUUCUGGGUUCUGAUUGGCGUCAAAAUUGACGCAACUAUGUUGUGAAUCAGGACUUAGCGCCAACAUUAGAAUGAUAUCCCUUAACCAAUUGACUAUGGCAUGGAUCUGAAGGUAAACUCAGCUAUGUGCCAAUAUUGACACAGAUCAAGACUCUGAUUGGCGUCAAUAUAGGGAAUACAAGCCUGAUUACCAAUUAUCUUUGUGAGCGCAUAUUUAGACCCUUUCCCUAUAAUAUAUUUUGUACUGUAUUAUACUAUGUGCAGUUUAUUUUAAUGAUUUCAGUGGUCUUUGUGCCUGCCAGAUAUACAGAGGGAUGUUUAUCCCAGUAUUCACUAUACCUCCAUACCCUUGAGAUAAUUAUAUGUAAAUAUUCCAUUUUUUUUAGGUGGUAGUUAUAAACACAUUAUAGUUCUUAUUUUCCUGUUUUGAUAAUAUGUGGAUGUUAAUGUUAGGUAACAUGUCAGAGCGUCUAUCUGUUAUAUAUUUGAUAUAUAAUAGUUUAUACUUGAGGUGUAUAGAUAGUUUAUUUUCACUCCACCUUUUAUAGAGAAGUUGUGUUUCAUUGUUCUGCCACUGUUGCACACGGAGAACACUGUCUGAUCUUCAUUUGGUUAAUUCCUGGAGGACCAUACAUCCAGAAUAGGGAAUAUAAUUUUUUUCCCUGCCUGGACAGACAAUACCUUAAUGGAGACUUUUUGGAAUCUAUGCUCUGCACAGAUCAUGUUGAUGACUAGGUUCAACCACACAUGACUCCCACCCUUGGAAGCUUUGGGAGAGAGUUUGACAACUCCAUCAGUCUUUUUUCUUCAAGUAAAGAGGGAACUAAACACCUUAAUGGCCAAUAAAUUGCAUGCAAUGGAGGUGAUUUCAAGAAGGUAUAUUUACAAAUAGUCAAACAAGUGCUUAAACCAAUACUGCAAACUAAUCACUAAAGUACUACAAAAAUGAUGAUACACAUCCAUAAACUUAAGUGGAUUCAGCUGGGAUAACACAGUAUCCUAGAGACAUUGAGUUUCUUGAUUAUUACUUUAAGUCAGGGGAAGCAACCUUCGGCACUCCAUAUGUUGUGGACUACAUGUCCCACAAUGAUUUUACAGCCAUAAUGCUGUCAAAGCAUUAUGAUAGGUGUAGUCCAAAACAUCUGGAGUGACGAAGGUUGCCUAUCCCUGCUCUAAGUUGUACAUUACAUCCUCCUCAACAUCUGACCACUCCUUAAUUUCUGAGUAUUUGUGCAAACAAAUCACUGUCACCUGAUCAAGCACAACCAUUGGAGGGUCCAUUAAGGUGGUGAAGCCCAAAAAAGUGCUGGGACUGCCUUACCUUGAAAUUGUAUAAGAAAUUGAGGAAUAUAUUCCUCCAAAGACAGAAAGGAUGCUUUCGCCAGGAACUGCCUAUUGGUGCAUAUCACCAUCUUGUCAGUGGACAUGAGGGACCUAGAACUGUGUCACAGUUACAGACCCAUAUCUUUACUGAAUUUAGACCUACACUAAAAUACAAUCCUGGGAAAUCCAACGGCUAAUACCUAAAUUGAUACACAUGAACCAAUCUGGUUUUCUUCUGGGAAGUGAGGCCAGCAACAAUGUCAAGCGAACACUGAAUCUGGUGCAGAUAGCAGGUUGGGUGUGCAACUUUUACUGCUGUCUAUGGACAAGGAGAAGGAAUUUUACCAGGUGGCGGGGACGUUUUUGUGGAAGAUUCUGGGAUUUACGUACACAUCCGGCGUUGGAUAGUGUUGCAGUACUCCCAGCCAGAAGCUAGAGUUAGAGUGAAUGGAGACCUCUCUGAGGUGGUGAGGGUUAGAAAUGGCACAAGACAGAAUUGCCCACUCACACCAAUUGGAGCCUUUUUCUGGAGGUGGUCAGACAAAAUACCAACAUUUUGGGAUUUGUGUAUCAUGGAGUACUGCAUAAAGUUUUGCCAUGGGGGCGGAGCUAGUCAGUGAACCGAUAAGAAGCAGGCACUACAACUUUGGCUGGCUAUCUGCUAUACACCAAUCCUUUUCUAGUUAUCUAAAGUGGCAUAUCAGGUUACCGGCAGCAUCCUAAUACAAUGGGAAAGCACUCGAUAUCGACCUUCUUCUGUCCUAGCUAAGUAAUCUAAAGAUGGCGGAUGCCGCGCUAGACUCUCCUCUAGACUCGAUUUAAGCCUCGGAAGAUGAAGAACAAGAACACUUUGAGGUACCACCUAAUCCUUGCAAGAACAGGACUUUGUCUUAACACCAACCUGAACCCCACCUGGCCUCUAAAGCGGACCUGAACUCGAGGCGACCACCUGUGUGCAGUUAAGUGCAAAGAUUGAGCAGCUGGAAGAUGUGAGACAGCUCAACUUAGAGGUCCGGGCAUGCCCCAUGCUAUUGAUUUGGCUGAACUGCCUCAGUUUAUAUGGCGAUUACUUACUGCCAGUUUGACACCUAAACUAAAGAGUUUUCUCUGGAUGGACUUUAUCGCAUAACUGAAUGCCCUAAUUCCAAAGCCCUGAUUCCGUGGGAUGUCAUUCUAUGCUUUAAGGCAUGUAAUGAUGAAGAAACUUUUCUGCGGGCCGCCGAGGGCCAAACACACUUUGUAUUAGAGGAACACUCAUUGAGUUUUUACCUGGAACUACACACUACAAUCAUGACCAUCUUUUCUUUCCUGUAAAAAAAGUGCAGCAUUCAUGGCAUGUCAUGUAUCCUACUUGCAAUAUUGUUUGUCUUCUACUAUCUUGUGGAUAUGUAAUUUUGUAUGAUUGGAACAUAGGCAUUUCCUGGAGGAGGUGGUUUCCCACCUUCUUAUCUCAAAAACUCUUAGUAUCUGGUACAGGACCCAUUUGACGACCAUUCUGUGUUCAAUUCCACACCCCUCAAAGCCACUAUCUCAAAACUGUGAUUUCCCAUAUGGAUUAUGCACAUGUGCCUUGAUGUGAUGAGAGUUGGUUCCUGGUUAGCCAAAUCUGCAACUCAGAGAGUCUUAGGGAAUUAGCUGACUUGCUUCCUGGCAGACACGCUGUCAGGGUUGGUGCAGGGAAUUUUUUUUUAUUUUUAAUUUGGUGUACCAUUUGGAGGAGAAGCGCUAUUGGUCUAUGUGUAUUUCUAGGUUUACUAUACUAUUCUUAAAUAACAAUUGUAUGAAAAUAUAUCCAGACUACCAAUAUUCCUGAUGAAGAUAUUGUGACAAACGCCGCUUUCCACAGACGUUUGCCACGGACUCCUGGAGGAGUGUGGAAGCUGGCCUCCUGCCCACCGACAAUGGGCCAGGUCAGCGACUGUAAAGACCCAUAUUUUAUUCCCCCUGGUCCCCUGUUUCAGCACUUUCCAAUCACGCGCAUAGAACCGAACGCUAGCUCCCUGGUGGCUGUUUGCAUGGACCAAAACCGCGAAUAUACUUCAGGGGGACUUAGCCACGAAUGCCCUGGAACUAUUUUCAGCAUGAAGACUUUGCGGUUCCCAGUCAGUCCCCAGCAGCACUUAUCCGCGAUUCUAUGGAACCAAUUUCGGCAUGGAACCAUGCAUGCGGUCGGUCAAAUUAGGACUUUCAGGAAAUUCCUGAACCCCUGAAACAAUCUGGGUGAUUUAUGGAUAUGUUGGUCACCCAGAUCGGGGCUAUCAGGGGAUGUAACUUUUGUGGGGAUUUUGUUUGUUUAAAGGUAUUUGGGGAGUUUUGUAAAAAUGUAUGUUUUCUGUGCCUGAAGAUAAUUGAGUUUAAUACAGUGCUGACUCAAUUAUCUCCCAGGCACAGAGGAGGGAUUGACCCAUUUUGUAUGGGAGUGUCCUGGACCUGAGAGCCAAUGUUAUUGUGUGUAUGUUUUUACUGUAGUGUACUCUCAGGUUCAGGGGGGAGUGCAAUGUGAGACACCAAGGUACUAAUGUGGGACAGUAGGACUGGACCCGGAAAUGCCCCACUAAAAGCAGGAUUGUUGAGAGAAAUGUGUCACUAUAAAGAGAAAGGAAGCUUAGGGUAGAGGAAUGAGAAUUAACAUGUCACUAUAAAGCACAAGAUGACUAGUUUUGCACUUGGAAGGCAUCUGUGGGUAAUUUGUGUAUUUGUGCGAGGAAUAUGAGAAAAGCGCAAGGAAAAAUGUGUGGUCACUGCACAGAAAAAAACUACAAAACAAAUACUUUUUGAUUGUAAAAAAAAAGCACAAGCUUUAGCUGGAUCUGUGCCUUUUCUGAUCUGUUCUAAAUUGGGCUGUGUUUCAAAAACUAAUUGUUAAAAAAUAAAAUCAUAUAGAAGGCAUAAUGAAAGCAACAUUUAAACAAUUAAGAAAUAAUUGAAUAUUAUUUUGACAUCUUUACAGAAAAUGUCAAUGUAAAGUUUGGUAAGAACUAGUAUGUAUUGAAAAUCUAAGUGUGCUUUUACUAACUGACUGGGGGAGUUUUGCAUACAUAUGAUAAAAUACAGAUAUGAGAAAAUAUUGCACAAAAAAUAGGCUGGAUGUAAUAUUCAAAUUGUACCUUAUUGCAAUUGACUUACUUAUUUGUUCACAAAUGCUUUAACUUGUGCUUCUUUCUUCCACAAGGUGGCGCUGGAUAUCUUUCAUGUUUCCAUGGUUAGACAAAAAAAAAAAAAACCCCUAUACAUGUAGUUUGGAAUUUGAAACCAUGAUGGGAAUAUUAACAACAAUUACAUUAGAUUAGACAAUCAUAUCUAUCACUGUCCUUUAUGGCUGCUGUUGCUGCUUAGGGAACAUUGCUCACUUCAUGACCAAAAAUAUUUAUUUUAAUUAGCUCAUAGCUAGAUAAGCACUAAUUUGAGCCAGACUAGACUGUAACCCAACUCAGGAAAUGUGUGCUAAAUUAUUCAUUUAUUGCAUGUAUACUGCAACGAUCGGUUUCACAUAUCAGCAAUAUUGAUAAGUAUGAAUAAAUGUUGACAGCUGUUUACAUAAUAUGUGUUUUGCGCAAAGUAAAGCUGUUAAAUCCUGACAUGCUGCCGAAUUUGUCAAUGACGUGUUAAAGUAAAAUGUUAUUAUUUACAGAACCAGCAUGGAUUAUUGUGGAAAAUAUUUAGCAGUCAUUCUGGCCUUCGUAUUUGUGUUUAUGCAUGCCCUUCAUUCCUACCCUGAUGGAGAGUUAAUGACUCAAGGUAAGGAUUCAAUUAACAUUUUUUUCGGCCUCUGUGUAUGAAAUGCUUACUUAUUUGUUAGCUUAAUUUUCCAGGUGAUGCAAUUUAAAAUAACACAUGCCUAACAUUAAACAAAUCGAGUGUAAAGAGAGUACGGUGUAGAUCAGUAGGGGUCUCCUGCACUAAUUAUUUUAUACAGACGAGUUUAGGCUGUUUAAAGAAAGACAGGGCUGUAGAUGUUUUAUAAUUCUUUUAAGCAACCUGGAUUUGCCAUUUGAACAUGGACAGAUAUGUAAUUUCUUGCAAAAAAAACCAAAUACCCCAAGAAAAAUAAACAUGAAUUUUUUCAACAAAAAAAACGUUUUCCAUUUUAUUUUGCAACUUCUUGUGAAAAUGGUAGUGUUUUAAUAUACAUGCAAAAAAGAGAUCCAGCAUGUUUAAGUGGAGAUCAUUGUGCAGCCUGAGUAGCACAAUAGCCCUAGACACACUGGUGUGCUAUGAAUACAUUUAUUCUACAGAGCAAUAAAUUGCUAAUUACUCUGUUCAGUUAAAGCUAGUUAUAUGCCCGAAUUACUUAAAGGGACACUAUAGUCACCAGAACAACUACAGCUUAAUGUAGUUGUUAUGUGAGUAUAAUAGCUCCCUUCAGGCAUUUUCAUGUAAACACUGUCUUGUCAAAGAAAAGGCAGUGUUUACAUUGCCCCUAGGGACAUCACCAAGUGGCCACUCCUUAGAUGGUCACUGGAGGGGCUUCCUGGCUCAGGUCUGUACAUUAGGCAGCCCUGCUAUUCAGCAUCCCCACACUCUGCAUGGAGAAGCUGAAUUAUUAUUCAAUGCAUCUCUAUGAGGAGGUCCUGAUUGGCCAAAAUGGCAUUUGGCCCCGACCCUGUGCCAAUUUUAGCCCACAAAUAGGCCAUUUUGAUGAUACAAAAGUGAUGAGUGGAGCAAAAAGAAACACCAAUAUAGAGGCAAUAGAAAAGGUAAAAUACAACCUUUCAGAAAAAUGUAUGAUGGUUCCUCCAAAUGAUAUUAUUAUAUGUAAAGAAAAAGGAAAAUAGAAAAAAUAUGCAGUGAUAGUGCAGAUGGUAAAUAACUACAAAAGAUGCACUUCACAUGUAUUAUAUAGAACCUUAUAGCCAGGGCCGCCAUCAGGGGGUGACAACCGUGACAGUUGUCACGGGCCCGGCGGCCCUGGGGGGCCCGGACUGCUCUGGCAGUCCUGGGCCCCACUUUCUUUCUCUGCACACAUAGAUUGCGCAUAUCGCUAUCUAUGUGUGCAGCCACGGGCCCCCGGCUCCCUGUUACCGCAGAGGGGGCCCAGGCAGCACAGGAGCAGCUUCUCCUCCUCUCUGCUCUCUUCUAAUAACUCUCGCGAGACCCGGUUACCAUGGCAACGCUCCGCGGGUCUCGCGAGAGUUAUUAGAAGAGAGAGGAGGAGAAGCUGCCCCUGUGCUGCCUGGGCCCCCUCUGCGGUAAUAGGGAGCCGGGGGCCCCCACCGGACCACCACAGAUGGAAUCUCCCCCCUCCCUGGACACAGGUAAGCAGGGAGGGGGGAGAAACAUUUAAUUAAAUUAAUUAAAAAUUAAUGUUAAAAUGCCCCUUCCUCCCCCUCCCCCCCAGAUUGCACAUAUACACAGCACACACUACAUACACUAACACACAACACACACACUGCAUACACUAACACAACACACACACUGCAUACACUAACACACAACACACACUGCAUACACUAACACAACACACACUGCAUACACUAACACACACACUGCAUACACUAACACAACACACACACUGCAUACACUAACACACAACACACACUGCAUACACUAACACACAACACACACUGCAUACACUAACACAACACACACACUGCAUACACUAACGCACAACACACACUGCAUACACUAACACUACAUACACACUGCAUACACUAACACUACAUACACUAACACACAACACACACACUGCAUACACUAAUACAACACACACUGCAUACACUAAAACAACACACACUGCAUACACUAACACACACACACUGCAUACACUAAAACAACACACACUGCAUACACUAAAACAACACACACACUGCAUACACUAACACAACACACACUGCAUACACUAAAACAACACACACUCUGCAUCCGCUACACACUAACACACUCUCUGCAUUUACUACACUAACACAUACUCUGCAUCUGCUACACACUAACACACUCUCUACAUUCACUACACUAACACACACUCUGCAUCCGCUACACACUAACACAUUCUCUGCAUUCACUACACAUUAACACAUUCUGCAUUCACUACACUAACACACACUCUGCAUUCACUACACAUUAACACACACUCUGCAUUCACUACAAAUUUACACACACUCUGCAUUCACUGCACUAACACACACACUACAUUCAUUACACUGACACACUCUGCAUUCACUACACACUAACACACACUCUGCAUUCACUAAACUAUGCAUACACUCUGGAUUCACUAUACUGACACACACUCUGCAUUCACUACACUAACAUACACUCUGCAUUAACUGUACACACAGCAUCCACUACACAAACAUCCUGUAUUCACAGUACACACACUACAUCCACCACACAUUGAAACACUCUGCAUUCACUAUACACAGACACUGCGUCUAAUACAUGCACUACAUCCACUACAGACACUGCACCCACUAAACACAUUUCAUCUAGUACAUACAAACACUACAUCCACUACACAAACACACACUACAUCACUGUACACACAGUAUAUCCACUACUCAAACACACUCUGUGUUCACUAUACACACUGCAUCCGCUACACAAACACACACUCUGCAUUCACUGUACAAACAGUAUCUAAUACACACAAACACUACAUCCAUUACACAUAUUCUAAUUCACUUCCACUAUACACACCACAUUCAGUCCUGCAUCAUUGUCAGCGGACCAGGUAGGGCGUGUGCGGGCCCGGGAGGGAGGGAGGGGGGGGCCCAAACCUGGUGCUUUGUCAGGGGCCCCAAAAUUUCUGAUGGCGGCCCUGCUUAUAGCACUUGUAUAUCUCAAUACGUGUUUGCCACUGAGUGCGUACACACCUUGCCAUAUGAUGAGUCUUUAUACUAAUAUCUUUAUGAGAGUCUGUUAAAAUGAUGGGGGGAGGAGGCUUAACAGCCAUGCUGACUGGUUGCACUGUGCCUGAGCUCUGCAGGAUAAGCAGAAUUGUGUGUCUUAAGAGGACUUAUAUUUUAUGGUUUUGCACUUGCUAUGGUUCCUCUAACAACUGGUUAGAUCAAGCAUUUUGAAAUAGUUUUUGAGUGACCUUGGAGCUCCAGAGACAUGAGGCCUAAUGGGACAGAUGAGUGAGUACUCUAUCACAUUCCAGUCUUAUGUUCCUCGACCUAUUGGCUCUUCGCUUCCACCCUUUGUACUGGUGGGGAUUUUCCUGAUCCUCACAGAGGAGGCUGUCUGUUCAUAUCAGUGGACACCAAACCAGCUGGCCACCUGGACUUUCUUUACUUCCAAGAUGGCUGCAAAGCUGAAUGUCCCACAGCAUAGCCAUCAAACUGAUGAGGUUUUGGCAUGAUUAAACUGACACUAAAACCAGCUAAAGCAUACUAUUUUCCCUCUGGAGAGAGAGAGGUUUUGGUGCAGAGGAAGGUCUGGGAGGCCUGUGCUUGGCAUUGUAUACCUCAACAGCAGAGCCUAACCGGGGUUGAGAGCCAUUUGAGGAAUAAUCUCGACAGACUGGAAAACCUGGAGGAGACAGUGGAAAAGCCGAUUCCGAUCCAGGCCCAUUUGUAGACCCCUAAGGGGGAUGUACUAGAGUACUAUUAGUCUCUGGGUCCAUGUAAUAAAGGUGUUGUCUGCUUCCCAAGCUGAGGGCUGCUACAGUUGUCCUCCAGGGCCUGCUUGGGAUGCCUAGUGACCCUUGUGAAAGAUCUCUGCCCUUACCGAGUCUGGGCAUCAACUGACUGUUAAGUCCAUGGGCUAGCUGUCUUGGUAUUAGGCCCUCACAUUGGGGUUUAUACUCAACUAAUGCACCGGUCUUUUUCUGGGGGGCUUUCCUGUGGUCAUUCUAUAUUUAUUUUAAACGGCAACCGCAUAUGUUUCUUUUUUUUUCCCUCUUCAUUUUGUUGUAUUGGCACAUCUGUCUACUAAUUUAAACAAAAAAAAAAACAUUAAUUCCACAUGCCAAUUGCCUGCAAUGUCAUAUUAUAUUAUUUUGUAUUUUUUAAUAAUUGUUUUGUGUAAAUGUUGAUCACGUAUGUGGUUUGAGCUAUAAGUAAAAACAAAAAAAAGUGAAGUGAGGCAAUUUUAAAAAAAGCAAGGAGAUAUGAUGUAUGAAAAUCUUGAGAUGUGCUUCAUUCAGGCUGUACACACAUUCACAAGUAAACAUCUUAUCUUUUACUUCCUUAUGCUGUCUGUACAUUUGUUUAUAGAUGAACAAUAAUAUAUAUAAUUGGUUAACACAGCUCUUAAAAUAAUCUUUCUUAGGUUGUCCAGCAUGCAAACUGAAAGAAAACACUAUUUUUGCAAAAUUAGUUCCAAGAGGUCCUAUUUUUCAAUGUGCUGGAUGCUGCUUCUCGAGAGCUUAUCCAACGCCUAUGAGAUCGAAGAAAACUAUGCUAGUUCCAAAGAAUAUUACGUCUGAGGCAACAUGCUGUGUAGCAAAGUCAUUCUCAAGGGUAAGCAUUGAUAGUAUGUAUCUACAGCACGCACUAUUAGACAGAGUCAUUAUUUAUGUAAGGGCUGCCAAUUAAAGCAGACCUGUCACUUGUGGUGUUUCUGCAAAAAACUGCCACCCUUUCAUGUGACAUAUCAAUUGGAAAAUGACUUGUGGUUAGAGUAGGAUAAUACUCAGUGCUCUCUCCUCAGCGGUACCAGCAUUUCCAUUUUGGAUGAGAAUUUCUUAAACAGACAGACAUAUGAAGAAAUGCAUAAAAGUUUACUGAAAAUGUAAUUCUUAUGACAUGAGAAGCCAAAUAAAAAAAAAAAAAAAAAAGCUUUAUUAGGCUUUUUGCAACUUGGCUUUAUUGGUAUAAAAGUCAAAAUGUGAUUUUCAGUUAACUACAAUUCACAAUUGGGUUAAUCAUAAUUCCCUACAGACAUACAUGUAUUCCAGACACUCAUGGGCAGAGAGAGACACACAUAUGUACAGAAGAACAUAUCCAUAUUCAGAUGCGCUCAUGCCACUGGAGACACACACAGUCAGAAACAAACCAUGCAUAGGACAGACUCAUGUACAGACCCACACAUAGAAACACACAUUCAUGCACAGACAAACAUAUAAGAGUGCUUCGUAACACAAUAGUGCCCUAUAGUACAUUUUAAUCACUGUGUCUUUAAUCACUGUGCUUAAUCAGGUUGUCCUUCAGCGCUGUGUUGGCACUCUGCCUCUUCCAGUGUCAUCCAACGGGGGAGGACCUAAUGCAAUGAGCGCUACGUGCGCAUUAGGCCCUCUCCGUAGGAAAGCAUUGGCUCUGCUUUACUAUGGGGAUUUUACUGAUACUGUAUGUCCUCAAUUUUUUUCUCUGAACCUUUCAUUCUAUUCAUAUUGUUUUCUGUACUAAUAGAAGGGGCACCCUGCAACCAUACCAUAUGAGAAACAGGGACAGUCCCUUGCAAAUUUGACACCCAGUCCUCUAGUAUUAAAACAGUUGAGCCAUAAAUGUACAUUUAAAAAAACAGUAAAUGUAGGAUUGGAGUACCUGCCCUGAGGCAAUACUGUGUGUACUGAGAUGCGAGGUCCACUAGAGUGGUGCAGUAUUGCAGGAGAGAUGAAGCAACGGUAGUCUUUCAGGUGUCCUGGGAUGCAGAGAAGCUCAAGGAUUUAUUGGUCUUUCCGGCAGCCAGGAUCCAAGCCAGGAUAACACAACGGGAAACGACAGUGUUGUGAAGAGCUCUGAUUUAUGCAGUCAUUUUCCUUGGUGGCUUGAUCAUGUCCCUAGAGCAAUGUGAAAUGCCCUGUCAGUGUUUCAGUAGCACUCUAAUUUAAUGUUUUUUAAGACAUACUUGUUCAAGGCAUGAUAUUCUUGUUUUUUCCCAUUUUGCAGCACAUUUUAAAACAAAAACGAGCAACAUUUUCACGUGUUUUAAAUAUAUUUUUUAUGUGUUGUCCAGAAAUAGCAUUGAGAAUUCAUACAUAUUUUACCCUUUUAAUGGUAUCGUGUUUUUUUUGUUUUUUUUUUAGGUUACACUUAAAGACAAUGGGAAGAUCGAAAAUCAUACAGAAUGUUACUGCAGUACCUGCUAUUAUCACAAAUCCUAAAUGUUUUUAGUAUGCGAUAAUAAUUCACAUUAAAUAAUCAACAUUUUUUUUAUAUCAUCACACAGAAGAAAUUUUAUCUCACAUAGCAUGUUUGUAUAUUAGUAAUUUUAUUUUAUUUUUGUUUUCCGUUGCCUAAAAUAAAAUUGGUGUUACAUCUGCAUAAUUGAUAUGGAAUGUUAAGACAUUGUUUGUUUGUAGUUAAUAUUUUGCAAAAUGUUUUUUACAGUUUGGAAUAAAACUGAUAUCUCAUAAUCAUCUUUUGUGAUAUUAGGAUAAUGCAACUAAACACAGUUAUAGUGGCAAAACUUAGUAUAUAUUCUGAGCAUGUUUGAAAUUGUCUGCUCUGCUUUAAAAUGCUGGUGUUGUCAAUUUUAGGUCCACCUCUACUAGAAUUUCAACCAUGUUUGAUCUCAGACUUCUGGUAAAAUUGUUAGAAGGACACUUAGACCCCUUCAUCUAAUUGAGUGUAGUGUUCCUGCCCCUGUAAAACAUUGCAGUUUCAGACAGUCAGCCACUAGGUGUGCUUCCUCGGUUUACACGGAGUGAAAGAAAAGCAUGAAACGACGCUGGACGUCCUCACAAGGACAUACGUCUUCAAAACACCCAUAGGAAAACAUUGAUUCAAUGCUUUCCUAUGAAGAAGACCUAACGCAUGCCGCGCAUGCACCUUAGGUUCCCAGAUCGUGCUGAGGUCGGAUUAGGUUGUGAGCAAUCUUGGAGCUGUAAUUAGAUAAGUGUAAGAAGGGUUUUUUAACCCUUUAUUCACUGGGGGAGUCACAGGGACAGGCGGACACAAUAGUGUUAGGAAUUCACUUUUGUAUUCCACCAUAGUGUUCCUUUAACCGUAGUCUAUCAUGCAAUGUAUCUCCAUCUAUAUUUGUCCAUGGCUUGUACUAUUAUUGGUAUUAUUUAUAUAGUGUCAAUAUAUUUUACAAUGCUUUACAGUUGCAGGAAGGGGAUAUUUAGAGGUGAAGAAGGAUUUGAGUUAGUCAGAUAUUAGGGGUUUCGCCCAAGGUUCUUAAUAAUGUCUCUUUAUUUACACUAUAAGUGGUGUGUAAUUGAGGUAAAGUUAGGACAGAUAUGCUUAACAUGUUAAACGAGACAUCAUAACUGUGUAUUUGGCAAUUCUUUAAUCACAUACACAUUCCAAUAAUUAGAAUAAUUUUUGACUGUAGCAAUAAAGAUAUUACUUACAGCAACGAAUACAUUAUUCCAAAGCCUAAUCAUUUAUAAC